UUUAUGUGUAUGUACAUUGUACUACAUAGAGAGUCCAUAUGCUACCCCUUAUAUAAACAUCAACUAGUGGCAUACAUUAUAAACUCAUCUCUCUUCUAUCCAAAAAUCAUGGCCACUAUUUGCCGCCAUUCUCUCAUACUUUUGCUAAUUCUCUUCUUCUCCUUCAACUGUUUGGCAUUUUCAAAGAGGUGCCAUCCAAAUGACAAAAAAGCCCUCCUUCAAAUCAAGAAAGACCUCAACAAUCCCUACGAUUUAAUCUCAUGGGAUCCGACCACCGACUGCUGCACCUGGUCCACGGUGGACUGCGACGACAAAACCAACCGCAUCACCGGAUUCCACACCUCCGCCGCUAAUUUCGGCCUCCCCAUUCCGGCGUCCAUCGGAGACCUCAAGUAUCUCGAAAACCUCGCUUUCCACAAAGUCAACGUCACCGGUCAAAUCCCGGAAUCCAUAACCAAGCUCACCCACCUCAACUUUCUCGAUCUCCGGUGGAAUUCUCUCACCGGCCCUGUUCCGUCGUUCCUCAGCAAACUCAAGAAGCUGACGUACAUUGGGCUGUCGUUCAACAACUUCUCCGGCUCGAUUCCGGCGUCGCUCUCCCAGCUCCCGAACCUCGGCGGCCUCCUUUUGGACCGGAACAAACUCACCGGCUCAAUCCCGGCAUCUUUCGCCGAUUUCCGGCAGCAGGAUUUCUAUCUCUACCUCUCACAUAAUCAGCUGACGGGGAAUAUUCCGGCGAGAUUGGGGCACGCUAACUUCACAUUCAUCGAUGUAUCAAGAAACAGGCUUGAAGGUGACAUAUCGUUCUUACUUGGGAAGAACAAGAGCUUAAACACCGCCGAUUUUUCGAGGAACAUGUUUCAGUUCGAUUUCUCCGAGGUGGAGUUUUCGGAGAGCUUGGGGAAUCUGGAUUUGAACCACAACAGGAUUACGGGGAGAUUGCCGGAGGGAUUGGCUGAGUUGGGUAAUCUUAUUUCGCUGAACGUGAGUUACAAUCGGCUCUGCGGCAAGAUUCCGGUGGGCGGAAGGUUGCAGGACUUUGAAACGACGUCGUAUUUCCACAACAGGUGCUUGUGUGGUGCACCGUUGCCAAAAUGCUAAGGCCUCGUUGGUGGUUGGAGAGAUUAGCUAUGAUUAUCUAAAUAAUGCGACUUUAUUUUAUGUUUGAUAUCCUCAAUAAUAUGUCGGGUCGACCCGCAAGUAUUAUAUAUAUAUGUUAUCAUGGUUUAUCUUGUCUUCUAUGUAUGUUUCUUUAUUUGAUCAUCGAGUGUCCAAUAAUAUAAUUGGUUUCAUCA